GAACCUCAGUUCCAGUAUGGGGACCCCAGUCCCAGUAUCAGACCCCAGUUCCAGUAUGGGGACCCCAGUUCCAGUAUGUGGACCCCAGUUCCAGCAUCGGGACCCCAGUCCCAGUAUGGGGACCCCAGCCCCAGUAUGGGGCAUCAGAUCCCAGCCCCAGUAUGGGAACCCCAGUUCCAGUAUCAGACCCCAGCCCCAGUAUGGGGACCCCAGCCCCAGUAUCAGCCCCCAUUAUCAGCCCCCAGUCCCUGUACAGGGACCAACUUCCCCGCCCCCGUCGGUAACUGGUCCCCAGUAACCGGAGCUGCUGCAGCCGCGGUGCCACCAUCAAUAAUUGAGCGGCAGCGCCGGGGCUGCCGGCCCAGCGGCCUCUGCCUGACGCUGGGUCUGGGUCCUGAGUCCUGGGUCCUCAGUCCUGCUCCCUGGAUCCUGCCUGCUCCUGCCUGAGUCCUGAGUCCUGGAUCUUGAGUCCUGAUCCUGCCUGAGUCCUGAUCCCAUGUACUGGGUGCUGAUCCUGCCUAUGUCCUGAUCCUGCCUGUGUCCUGGAUCCUGAGUCCUGGAUUCUGAGUCCUGAUCCUGCCUGGGUCCUGUGUCCUGCACCCUGCCUGCAGCCUGCCUGAGUCCUGAUCCUGAGUCCUGAUCCUGAGUCCUGAUCCUGCCUGAGUCCUGGAUCCUGAGUCCUGGAUACUGCCAGAGUCCUGAUUCUGAGUCCUGGAUCCUGAUCCUGCCUGCGUCCUGGAUCCUGAGUCCUAAGUCCUGGAUCCUGCCUGAGUCCUGAUUCUGAGUCCUGGAUCCUGAUCCUGCCUGUGUCCUGGAUCCUGAGUCCUGAAUCCUGAUCCUGCCUGAGUCCUGGAUCCUGAAUCUUGGAUUCUGAGUCCCGAUCCUGCCUGAGUCUUGGACCUUGAGUCCUAGAUCUCGAGUCCUGAUCCUGCCCGAGUCCUCAUUCUGAGUCCUGGAUCCUGAUCCUGCUUGAGUCCUGGAUCCUGAGUCCUGGAUUCUGAGUCCUGAUCCUGCCUGGGUCCUGUGUCCUGCACCCUCCCUGCAGCCUGCCUGAGUCCUGAUCCUGCCUGAGUCCUGAUCCAGAGUCCUGAUCCAGAGUCCUGAUCCUGAGUCCUGAUCCUGCCUGAGUCCUGAUUCUGAGUCCUGGAUCCUGAUCCUGCCUGAGUCCUGGAUCUUGAGUCCUGAUCCUGCCUGCGUCCUGGAUCCUGAUCCUGCCUGAGUCCUGGAUCUUGAGUCCUGAUCCUGCCUGAGUCCUGGAUCUUGAGUUCUGGAUCCUGAUCCUGCCUCUGUCCUGGAUCCUGAGUCUUGGAUCCUGAUCCUGCUUGAGUCCUGGAUCCUGAAUCCUGGAUUCUGAGUCCUGAUCCUGCCUGAGUCCUGGAUCUCAAGUCCUGGAUCUCAAGCCCUGAUCCUGCCUGAGUCCUGGAUCCUGAUCCUGCCUGAGUCCUGGAUCUUGAGUUCUGGAUCCUGAUCCUGCCUCUGUCCUGGAUCCUGAGUCUUGGAUCCUGAUCCUGCUUGAGUCCUGGAUCCUGAUCCUGCCUAUGUCCUGGAUCCUGAGUCCUGGAUCCUGAAUCCUGGAUUCUGAGUCCUGAUCCUGCCUGAGUCCUGAUUCUGAGUCCUGGAUCCUGAUCCUGCCUGAGUCCUGGAUCCUGAUCCUGCCUGUGUCCUGAUUCUGAGUCCCGGGUCCUGAUCCUGAUCCCCCCCGCACUCUGCCCGCUCCCCACAGCAGCUCUCAGCUCCCCAGGGGACCCCUCGGCCAUGGUGUCCCCGGCCAUCGCUCUGGCUUUCGUCCCGCUGCUCCUCACCCUCCUGCUGCGCUACCGGCACUACCUGGCGCUGCUGUACCGCGCGGUGCUGCGGCUCUGGCUGCGCGACCGCCUGAGCGGCGUCCCCCGUGAGCACCGCGCCUUCCAGUACCUGCUGGCGCACGCGGUGCCUGGCGACCCCCGGCACGUCCUCAGCACCUUCGACCGCUGGAGCUGCCGCCACGAGCACCUGAGCUGCGUGGGGCCCGUCAAAGGGCGGAUCGUGGAGCGGCUGCUGGCGGAGCGGGCGCCGCGGCGGGUGCUGGAGCUGGGCACCCACCUUGGCUACGGCGCGGUGCUGCUGGCAGCAGGGCUGCCGCCGGGCGCCCGGCUCUACACCGUGGCGGUGGAACCGCGCCACGGCGCCGUGGCCGAGAAGGUGAUCCGGCUGGCUGGCUUCGACGAGCGCACGGUGGAGUUGAUCGUGGGCCCCACGGACGCGGUGAUCCCGUGGCUGCAGCAGCACCACGGCCUGGCCCAGGUGGAUUUUGUCUUCAUGGAUCACCGCAAGUGCUGGUACCUGCGGGACCUGCGGCUGCUGGAGACUCACCGGCUGCUGGCGCCGGGGGCCACCGUCCUGGCCGACAACGUCCUGUUCCCCGGCGCGCCCCAUUUCCUGCAGUACGCCAAAACCUGCGGCCGGUACCGCUGCCGCCUGCACCGCGCCAGCCUCGAGUACUUCCCUGCCAUCCCCGACGGCAUCGCCGAGCUGCGCUAUGCCGGGGAUGGCGACCCGGUGCCCGGCGGGGACACCGGGGUGCACCGGGGCCCCCGUUAA